GGCAACAUGGCGGCAGUUUCAGGGAUCUUCGCGGUUUUUAGUGUCGGUUAAAAAUCAGAUUUAUUGACCGUCCAUGCGUUUAUCAUCCGCUCAAAAAUGGAGAUGAAAGCCUUCGUGGAAAAAUGCAGGGAUGAAGGACAUUUUACUGAGGUUUUCAACAGUGGAAAUCACGUAGAGUUCGUCUCUUCCGGUGGGGCAAAGGACACAAACGUGGCAAUUUCAUUGUCACACGAUUACGAUAGGAAGCCAUGUAAUGAACAGUUUGAAUCUGAGAUAGAAAAGACAUGGGCAUUACGUAGAGAAAAAAAUCCAUUCCUUUUCAACGGAUCGAAAUUUCGUCUUUUUGGCGUAGGCCACGAGGAUGGAAAACCAGUGACUUUGCUUUUAGGACAAACGUGUUAUAGAGAUUUUAUUUGCACAAAUAUGAACAACAGUCAAAGGAUAUUUUUGAAUGAAUUUGGGAAAUCGGAAUAUGCCAACGAACAUGCUUGUUUUUCUGAUGCGUUAGGAGUUGGAUCUGUUGUCGAAACGAGUGAUGGUAAGUUAGUUUUUAUCAGAAGAAGUCAUCAAGUUUAUGAAGACCCUGGGCGCUUGGACACACCAGGAGGACAUGCAGAACCAAGUGUAUGUAGGGAUGAGGGGAACAGGUAUUUUUCAGAUUGCCCAAUGGCCACCGAACUUCUCAUGACUUUGUAUUUUAAUGAUAAUGGUUAGGGAACUUAGCGAGUCAAGUUUCAGGUCAUUUUGCCCAGUAUAAUGACCCUAACUGGAACCUGAUUCACUCAGUUUCCAAACCCUAAUCAUUAAACUUCAGAGUCAUUUGGCGUUCAGCGGCCAUUUGGUGUUCUGCAAAAUACCCCUACUGGGAUAAGGGCAGAGGAUAGAUGGUCUGAAUUUGUUAUUUGGAUAAGGCUGGGGUCAAUUUAAUAAAACUUUUACACUUGUAAUUUACAAGUGUAGCCAUUGUUUAAGAGUCUGAAAACAAUAGCUACACUUGUAAAAGGUUUAUUAAAUUGACCCCUGGUUCACACAUAUAAUGUUGUAAACAGGUCUCGAAAAAAAAAAACCUUGAAUUCCAACCUGUCCUUUGGGUAAGCAGCUGUCACAUUUUGCCUGCCCAGGACCACUUCAUACUUGUUUCUGUUUUGUCUUUGUAGUGAUAUAAGCAUAAGCACAAGCACAGAAAAGGAACUGGACUAGUAUAAUUUAAAUUUCCUCGUGCUAAUAUUCAUGGCAUUUUGUCCAAGUGGAUACGCAGACAAUACAAACAUGAACAUUAGCACAUGUACCAUUAACAAAAACAUUUGUAUUUAUCACAAGGUGGCAAUGAAGAAUAGCCAAAAAGUGAAAAUGUUUGCAUUUGUUCUUGUCACCACGUUGUUCUGUGUCACCUGUGUGGCAUGAUAUCCAGUUGUUGAGACUAGUCUUCAAGGAAAGGGGACUCUUGUUCAUUCAGGAAUUGUGAUGAAGAGGCGUCAAGGGGAUGGGUUUUUUACUUUUUUGCCUCUCCUAGACUAUCCUCAAAGAUCCACAGCAGUCAGUCGGGAGACAAGGCACAGCAAACGUUUUCUAGCAUGCUGACAGCCCUUGGGUCUCCGAGGAUGCCCCGCACCUUUCACUGAUAUCAUAUGCAUAGGCUCAUGCAUAAAUAUUAUUGAAACAUCCAUUGCACUUGUCACAGAACUUGUCAGGCUAUCCUAAUUCUGACAAUCUGUUUUCAGGAAGUUAAACUUCAAUAUGGCAAGUUUGACAAGAACAGAUCAGUUGAUUUAGAUGACAUGGAUGAAAAGGCAGUUGUAUAUGAGUUGUUUCACUCCAUUGUGCGAGAAGUCAGAGAUGAAGUAAGUGCAGGGUGCAUAAUUGUUUGUGGCUGUAAGUUCAUGUCUAUGGUCACAUCUUUGUUAAAAGUUUGUUUUUCUGUUUGGGCAAGCUAAAUUUUUAAUGCGCCAAAGAUUCACUAUUGUUUUAUUAGCAACUACUGCCACACCAUAAAAUUCUGAAAAUAAGCUCCAGAGAUUAUAUUUUUCAAAGGUUUUUUUAAUGGACUUAUAUAUGGAGGGGUAUAUACAUAGGCGCUUCUUAUGGGAGAACAAUUUGUUUGCCAAAAUCCCAAUCAUUGUUAUUAAUUUGAAGGGAAGAUUGUGUCAGCAAUUUUACAAUGUUCAAAUCAUGAUAGUAUUGGGGCAAUGGCAAUUUUUUGCGAAAAUAUUAACCCCAUGAUCCUGCCAACUUCAAACACCAGAGCAAUUACCUUUACGCUUUGUUAAAAAUGGUGUAUAGCACAGUUUAAACUAUUGCACAUUAAUUUUUUUAUUAACCCAUUCGCCCCGUAACCUCCCGUGCGGAUCCAGGUCCUUUCUACCCUUUGUGACAUCAUCAGUUUUAACUGUCAAGGACAACUUUCUUCGCUAACUUGUGCAGAGUGAAGAGAUCUUUCAAACCAUACCAGAAUGAGCACAAUUCAGUCAAGGACACCGGAGAAAGAAGCAAAAAACCACGUGACAUUGACCUGAAAAUCUCCAUGAAAAUCUUGUUCCAUUACCCACCUACCUUUCCUUUCACCUAAUCCUAAGAUCCUAAAAGCUUUCCUAAAAACCCUUCCCACCAAAUUGAAGCCUACUAAAUGCCCACAAAGAGAAAAAAAAUGAGGCAAGAAAAGCGAAAAAAGAAGGGAGGAGAGAAAGCGAAAAGUAAAAGUCAAGACUGCUGUGUCACUUUCCCAAAAAAUCUCGAAAUUUUGCUUUCUGCGCAUGCCCGAACUUCGCAAGCUGAUAUUUUGCAUCUGGAUCAGAAGGCCGCGAAGUGUACGACCUGUAAACCGGUUUGUGGUAAGUUUUAGCUCUUUAUAGCACGACAGUGACCAGAAAACCACUCGACUAGCUUCAAAACGCGUUUUUCGGCAAAAUCUCCAGGAGCGAAUGGGUUAAGCAAAGUACCAAGCUUUUUGAAAAAAAUCCACUUUUCAGCAUAAAACAACCAAAUCUGUCUAUUUCAUGUAAAAUCAGGUGAAAAAGGUGGUAAAAGGCCAUUUUUAGGUUUUUUGAUCAACCCAUUCGCCCCUGAACCGCCUGUAACCGCCCGUGCGGAUCCAGGUCCUUUCUACCCUUUGUGACGUCAUCAGUUUUAACGGUCAAGGACAACUUUCUUUGCUAACUUGUGCAGAGUGAAGAGAUCUUUCAAACCAUACCAGAAUGAGCACAAUUCAGUCAAGGACACCGGAGAAAGAAGCAAAAAACCACGUGACAUUGAUCUGAAAAUCUCCAUGAAAAUCUUGUUCCAUUACCCACCUACCUUUCCUUUCACCUAAUCCUAAGAUCCUAAAAGCUUUCCUAAAAACCCUUCCCACCAAAUUGAAGCCUACUAAAUGCCCAGAAAGAGAAAAAAAUGAGGCAAGAAAAGUGAAAAAAGAAGGGAGGAGAGAAAGCGAAAUCUCGAAAUUUUGCUUUCUGCGCAUGCCCGAACUUCGCAAGCUGAUAUUUUGCAUCUGGAUCGGAAGGCCCGCGAAGUGUACGACCUGUAAACCGGUUUGUAGUAAGUUUUAGCUCUUUAUAGCACGACAGUGACCAGAAAACCACUCGACUAGCUUCAAAACGCGUUUUUCGGCAAAAUCUCCAGGAGCGAAUGGGUUAAAAAGUACAACAUUCAUAGAGAAUCUGAUGCAAUAAUAAUUGUUAAAAACUGACAUCUAGACUUGUUUGGGUACAUGUCCAUUACAGUAUGGUUCAUUUUAUGUUAAUUUUUGAAGACAAUAAUAAAAUUACUCCCAAUUAGAAGACCCUAGGGGUUCUUUUUAAAGGAGCUUAGUUUCAGCAUUUUAACUGGUGCUCCUGUUGUUCUGAUUAUUUGUAUCUAAUUUCUUCUGUGUCACGUCUCAUGAUCAGUGGUUCAGUGUAAUAAAUUUAUAAUAAUGAAGCUAUCUCUGUACUUACAAUAAUAAUAUCGUGUGAAAGCUUGAACCCAGGAGUCAUAUCAAAAGGUUGAAUUUGAUCGUCCGGGUGAACGUAGUCCUGAAUAGGACUGUUGUUGUUGACAGUGACUGACGUUUCGACAACCUGUGCGGUAGUCAUCUUCAGAGUCAAAGUGAGUUGUGUCACGUCAGUUGAUGGUAUCUCACAAGGCUACUACUAUCCGGACUCUGACAAGACAAGCGCAACUAGUUUGCGACUCACAUGACAGCCUACAAGACGAGACUGAUUAUCUUAACAACGUUUUUAGUAAGAACAAUUACAACACGGACUUUGUUAAACGGAACACUCACAGUAACACUGAUUCCAACUCUCAGACAAACUCUGGCCCUGUUACGACAGCGUCUAUACCGUACAUCAGAGGCACCUCUGAAACUAUUGCACGUAUAUUACAACCUUACAAUAUACGUGUUGCGCACAAACCGAUAACCACUUUACGGCGACUGCUUACUAAUGUCAAGGACAAAGACAAACCGGAGGACAGACAGGGAGCAGUAUACAAGGUCAAAUGCUGCGACUGCCAGGCUUCUUAUAUUGGUGAAACCGGCAGAAACCUAAGCACGCGACUGACCGAACACAAACGCGCGACGAGGAAUGGUGACGUCAACAAUCACAUUGCUGAGCACCAUUUAAAGAUGAAACAUCAAAUUGACUGGGACUCUGCGACAUGUAUAACGUAUUCUACAGACUACUAUCAACGUCUUACUUUAGAAAGCUGGUUUACUAACUUAGAACAAACGCCACUGAAUCGUAGCCAACAGUUACCAGCGCCGUACAAACGACUUAUUGACGAGAUCAAGGAAACCUAACUACGAGAGAACAACUGGAGAACUGACAAUUUGACUAACAAUAGACGACUGUUUAACUGUGACAAUAGACGGAUCGAAACGCACCAAUCACUGAUUACGAGUCUUCAUAGCCAAUAACAUCACGGCUUAACUGACAGACAGCCAAUAACAUCGCGACAUAAUUGACCAAUCAGAUCAAUUACCAGAGUAUAAUACCAUCAACUGACGUGACAUAACUCACUUUGACUCUGAAGAUGACUACCGCACAGGUUGUCGAAACGUCAGUCACUGUCAACAACAACAGUCCUAUUCAGGACUACGUUCACCCGGACGAUCAAAUUCAACCUUUUAAUAAUAAUAUCAUUGUAUUUUAAAAAUUAUAUUUCCUUCCCUUUAACUCUUUAAACCUGGCAUGCGUAGAUUAGGAACUGUUAUGUGUGGGUCAGUCUAUUGCAAAAUGUCUUUUUAUGAGUAAAGUUGAAGUUGAUAUUUACAUUAUUGUACUAGGUAAAUAUCCCAGAAGAAUAUCUUGACUGGCCACUGCUAAUAGGCAUACACAGGAAUCAUAUGACUGCAAAUAAACCAGGAGCAUGCUUCAAAAUCAGGUACAGGGUUGAAAUGUGAUUCUAAAUUAGCAACAAUAUUAUCUAGUUUAUCUGUAGUCAGAGUUAUAAGGGGGACUAUAAUAGGUAUUAGUAAAAUCCAAUUAGUGGUCUAUUAUCAAUGCUGCAUUCUGAUUGGUUGAGCUACUACUAGGCUAUAUGUUCUAUCCCACUAGUAGUGAAAAGCGCAGGCUUUUUGGCAGCAAAAAAGGAUUAAAGUCUAGCUUUAACUAGCUAAAACUUUUUUAUUCUUGAUAUUUUUGACCAACUACCGGUAGUUGGAUUUUACUAAAAUGAUUAUUCUUCUCACCCUCAUGGCCUCUGAGUCAAUAGCUCAUUCGGCCUUCGGCCUCAUGGGCUAUUGACUCAGAGACCAUUCGGACUCAAGGAAUAAUUGUUAAUUAGCCACAGGAUAUGGUACAGGCUUUUUUAGGUGCUUAAUCCUUAAAAUAUAUAGAGAGAGCAAGUAUCCUUCUUGGUGUUGAUGAGUUGUGGUCCUUUGAUAAGGAACCUAAAAUCACAGGACCUGAGCCACUGUAAAGAACAUAAACCUCCUUGACAUGCUAACAAAAUGAUUCAACUACAAAAGAUUUACUCUAAAAUUCUAUCUUCUGUCAAUUCCUAUGUGAGGAGAACAAAAAAACCACUUGUUCAAGGUCCAUUUUGCAUUAUCAGUUUUCCCUUAUGUACGGUGUCAUUUUUAACUUGUGGAUUAAACGUACCGUAAGGAAAGAGUGUUGUUGUGGGCACUGUGAUAUGUAAAUGUGUCGCUCAGGUGUAGACACUUUGUUAGUAAUUAGUCGGCUCACGCAAAAGUGCCCGAUAUCAAAAUGACAAGUGUCGCAGAUCGAACAUUCCCAAACGUCCCGGUGAUAAAGAAGUGCUGGGUGUGCAUUGUGCCCAGAGUUUUCGAUGUUAUGAUUUUGUAGCUUCCAUAGGACGAUGUUGUUUUCAUGUGGACUUUGAAUGUUUCAAAUUAGCACUAUGGCCAACUUUGAGACUGAAGUUAAUGAACCUUUUAUAAAGCUUUUUGACUUGUCCAGGUGACAAACAUGAUGAAGAGAUCAGCAAUUGCUCUUUGACUCCCCAAGUGGUCCAACCUCACGAUUUUUUAACUUUUCUGACGGCCUCACUACAGGACUCUCAAUCUCACUGCUUUUUGGGAACAUUCUGAAAUGAAAUGUUUCUUUGUUGCUGAAUCGUAAUUGAUUCUUCUCAUGUUAAUGCAGUACAAUGCCCUUAGCAAGAGACUUUGCACUAGUUUUGCUUUGUCAGCCAUUUCAAAUGCGAUGAAAUGAGUUCAAGUACAGCUUUUACCAUCAAAACCUGCUUACUUUCCUCAUCUAUAUCUUUGAAUUCUUCAUAAAUAAAGCUCUACUAGGUUCAAACAGCAUCUACCUGCACAAUUUCAUGGGCAAAAAUGGUAAAGAUAAUUAAUUUAACACAAAUGUUCAACACUUGGUGCCGUGGCACAAUAGAUAUUGUGAUGACCUUACAUGUUAAUGGUGUGGGGUUUAGACCCCCACCAAACAUUUUUUUUCUUGCUUUUUUUUGUGGUCAUUUUGCUUUUGUUUUCUUAGUUUCGUUUAGUGUUUUUUACAUAUUUUCAUUUUUUGACAGACUUAAAUAAUACAGGUAGAUUAACUGCAAGUUCAUUAUCAGCUUUCAUUUUUAAAGUAAUAUUAUUAAUCCAUGAGUUAGCCAGAGGAACCUUUUGAUUUGUUUCUGGGCCUUAGUAGGUUUUCAAUUUCAAAUUUAUUUCCUUUUAAUUUAUUGGAACAAGCUAGGUUUAAGAACCUUUGAGGCACACACCCAUCCAAAAUUUACCAGGUGCUCUCCUGUUCUGUGCCUGUGCUACAUGUAUUAAUAGUAUAGUAGCCCACAUUUCUAUUUUUGGUGCUGAACUUGAAUUAGCUUGCAGCUGAGGGGCCUUAAUGCUGGGGAAAUAAAAUACUGUCAAACCUAUAAGCGACCACCAAACACUGCUAGGUCACUGUCUUACAGGUUCUCUACAAUGGCUGGGUUAUACAGCUAUUUCGACAAAGGUUGUCGGAAAAAGUGCACGCGACAAUCCCAAAAGGCAUUGUGGGUGGUUGUGAGUUCACUGUUCUUCAGAGAAAUUUGAAAGAAUUGGCAUGAAAGGCCAUGAAAAUGUGUUUGCGAGUGCUAAAGGAAAGCAACAAAAGUAGGUUUGACAGCUAAAGUCGUCAGAAACAGUGUACGAUCAUAUCCCAUAUUACCUUUCAGGAUUGUCGAGUGCACAUUUUUCCGACAACCUUUCUCGAGAUAGCUGUAUAUUAAGCUACCACCAUUCAAAGUGGGUGUGGCCCAUGUGUAACUGUCUGGUUUUUCUUAAGGUGCUCCUUAAGUGGUGAGGAAAUCAAACAGCUGUACAACAAGGGAGGCCCUGAAACUUAUGAGUCAUCAGAGUUACUCCUGGUUGAUUUAGCGGUGAGCAUCCAAAGACUCUUUGCAUUUGCAAUCUGCAGAGAGUCAUGUGUUUUUCCUCACAUUUCAAGAUUUACGUAAUUUGUUCCAAUUUCAUAAAUGUAAAUAUGCCGUUUUGUUGCAUAUCUCUUUCUACAGGAAUUCCAAAAGGGUAUGUCAUCUAGUCAAGUCCAGGAGCUGUUUAGAGAUCUGACACCAGGAUGUAAAGCAUGCCUCUACUUUUACUUCAACUUGCAGACCAACACCUGUGUGUAACGCUGGCCAACUUAUUUUAUCAAAUAGAGUACCGAAGUGUGAUGUCAUAAAAAAUGAAAUUUGUGAAAUU